GCCCGAGCUCGACCCGUGUUGUGAGAGGUGUAUCCGAAACAGGGACAAAGAAAUAAAAUGCAGACAAUAAAAACGAUCCCAUCUCAGCCAACAGAGAGAGGGGGGAAACACAAAUAACUCAGCCCGCAGCCCUAGUAGCUUCCUUCUCUGGUCAUCGUCGGCGAAAGCCUUGGCAUCACCCUCUCUAUCUCCCGCCCGCCCAGAAGGUUGAGUGUCUUUUGGAAUGGCAACACGGCCGGAUCCAGAUAUCGACGAUGAUUUUAGUGAAAUUUACAAGGAGUAUACUGGUCCUCCAGGCUCUACAGUCAAUAGUGCACAUGAUAUGGCAAAAAUAAAUAAAAGGUCCCAUGUGGACUCUGAUGAGGAAGAGGAAACUCCUGACCCAAAUGCUGUCCCAACCGAUUUUACGAGCCGAGAAGCAAAGUUUUGGGAAGCUAAAUCCAAGGCUACUGAGCGGAAUUGGAAGAAGAGGAAAGAGGAAGAAAUGAUUUGUAAAAUAUGUGGGGAAUCGGGUCAUUUUACUCAGGGAUGCCCCUCUACUCUUGGGGCUAAUCGCAAAUCUCAAGAUUUCUUUGAAAGGGUUGCAGCAAGGGACAAUCAUAUAAAAGCUCUAUUUACUGAGAAAGUGAUACAGGGUAUCGAGAAGGACAUAUGUUGUAAAAUCAAAAUGGAGGAGAAAUUUAUAAUUGUUAGCGGGAAGGAUAGGUUAAUUUUGGCGAAAGGUGUUGAUGCUGUGCACAAGGUUAUCAAGGGGGAGGGUGAUCAGAAGGGCUCUUCUAGUUCCCACAAGAGUAGAUCUAGGUCCCCUGAGAGAAGCCCUGUUGGUUCACGGCUGCUACACUCUGAUUCCCAAAGGUCCUAUCCAGGUCACCCAUAUGAUACAUCACGAUAUCAACAGAGGUUUGGAAGACAAGAUAAGAUUAAGGGAGACAGUCGUGAGGAUCUGCAUAAAUUCUCAAGGGGUUCUCCACAAGCUUAUGGUAAUGAUGGAGGUAGAAGUCACUCAAGCUGUUCUAAAUCUCCUGCACGUCCCCUUUAUGCUGGCAACUCUUAUGGCUCGCAUGAUGGUCAUGGUCAUAGCACGGCUGGUUAUAGAACUGCAGGACGGGAUAUUGAGAGGCAGGGGUCUGGCCAUCAGUUUGAUUACUCUACUUUCCCGCAGAUGUUAGAAGAACUGGAGUUAGAGUACAAGAGAGAUGCAAUGGAGCUUUCUAGAAUUCGUGACAAAGAAGAAGAUGAAGAAAAUUACAAGCAUCGUGAGACUAUCAGGGAAAUUGGAGAGAAUUACGUGCAGAGAUUGGCUAUUCUAAGGGGCACACACACAAGACAGUGGGAGGAGUUUCUUCAAUGCAAUGCCCAAAUGCAUCAGCAACAACCAAGGCAGCCAAUUUCCGUGUCUGGUUUUGGUGGCCAUAAACAGCACUCUUAUUCUGAAUUUGAUGGUUCUUCAGCCAAUCCUUAUUAUGCUGGAAACAGUUUACACAUGGAUUCAAGGGCUAGGUGCUCAAAUGACAUGGAAAACUAUUCUUCAAGACCUCAUGAUACAUAUGAUGAGUUCCAGCAUCAGAGGCGCGAGGCUUUUGGGAAAGCGUACAAUCGAUACUAACUUGGUAUACUGGAACUAAAUUAGGGCCCAGAUCAUGGUCGUAGGAGUAAUGCACAGGAGUGGCCCAGACCUAGGUAAGUUUGUCAGCUAUCCUAUUGACCUCGAGAGGAGAAUGAUCCCAGUCAUCUGACACUCCUAGUAUGUAAGUAGAAUUGCUUCAAUUUCAAUUUAGUGGCUGGACUCUGUUCAAUACUUCUUUUCUAUAGGUGAGAUGUGGUAAUCAUUUUCUUAGGUAGGUCUGCUAAUGUUGGAGGUUGCCGUCUUUUGACUAGCUCAUAUUUGCAUCAAUGGACUAUAUUUUUGGCUGAUUUUUCAAUUCAGAGUACUGUGGUUUAUGGUUA